AUGACUGAACAUGAAGAGAAGCCGCCUCCUCCAAAAUACCUAGGCUUUAUUGCCGGUAUGUUUUCAGGCGUAACGAAAAACGCCGUCGGGCAUCCAUUCGACACGGUCAAAGUGAGACUACAAACGUCAGAGGGCAGGUUCAAGGGUCCUAUGGACUGUGUUUGGCAGACGUUCAAAAGCGAAGGUAUCAAGGGUUUUUACAAAGGAUUCACGCCUCCCUUGGUCGGAUGGGUCCUUAUGGACUCUGUGAUGCUUGGAUCACUCCACCUAUAUCGCAGACUUGUGAAAGAGAAUCUCUACCCUGAGGAAAAGAAGUUACCGCUUUCGGGUCAUAUAAUUGCUGGUCUAGGGAGUGGCUGGACGGUCUCGUUUGUAGCUGCACCAAUAGAGCAGUUCAAGGCUAGACUACAGGUCCAAUAUGAUGCUAAAACAAGAAUUUACACCGGUCCACUCGAUGUGGCCAAGAAGCUCUGGAGGAUCUCGCCAUUGACAUGGUACACUGGUCUUUUCAGUACCAUGGUGUUCAGAACCAACUUCAUCUUCUGGUGGGGCUCGUACGAGCUUAUCACCAACUGGUUCAAUGACAACACCAAGAUGUCGCCAGCAGCGAUCAACUUCUGGUCUGGCGGUCUCUCUGCAACAGUGUUUUGGAUUUUUGCCUAUCCAGCUGACGUUGUCAAGCAAACCAUCAUGACUGACAGUCCUUUGAAAGAGCACAAGAAGUACCCACGCUACACAGACGCCGUGAAACACAUUUACCGUGAAAAAGGACUCGCAGGUUUCACCAGGGGUUUCGGCCCAUCUAUCUUGCGUUCUUUCCCUGCCAAUGCGGCAGCACUCGCUGCCUUUGAGGCCGUCAUGAGGUUCUUGCAUUAA